UUCUCGCCGAGAAUGGAUCUUUGUCCCGCAUAUUUUAGACGCUAGUAUGUGUGUCAAUCCGGAACUGAACUGAUUUGUGAUCACGAAAGAACUUUACUUUUUGAUUACCAACAGAACACAGACUGAGGUGCACUUGCUUACUCGAUUUCUCCCCACGCCCCACCGAGUAUGCCUGUUUUUUGACGGAACCUCGUUCCUUCGGUAUUUUUAACCCGCGCUACUACUAGUACAACUUUUGAUGUAUCCAAAGCCCCACCUAAUUUAUUCACAAUUUGUUUCAAGUACAAGUCGACUUUGAAGUUGAAUUUCACUACCCAUUGCCAGUCAAACUUCUCUUGUGAAUUGUCUCGUAAAAAUGAAGCCCUUGCUGUCGCGAUGUCGUUUUCUCUGCGUAGUAUUGCUCUCCGCAGUCUUUUUCCCCAUCCCGGCCAUCGCAACAGCCGCCGCCGCCCCGCCCGCGACGACGACGAAAACGAUUUCUUUUUCCGUGGCGCCCGACGGCGGAAUUCUGAACGCAGCAACGGGGGAAAUCGUGGAGGAGAGCCAGCUGAAGAAAAUUCGGAAAAACGAGUUGCCGCCCAGUUCCGUGGAAGCUGCUGGGGAUGAUCUACUUCCAGAAGGAGUGGUGCAUGAGUCACCAAGUACAGCAGCUGUAGGAGGUAAAAAUACUGCAGUUCCUUCUGCAGACCACGGAACUACUACGGGGGAGGGGAACAGCAAGAAUGUCGGAGAUGUUGAACAGGAGACCCAGAAUGCGAGCAAGUCGUGGUGGAGUGGAUUGAGCAACUACAUGUCGGGAAAAAGGAAGAAAAAGUCGACCUUCCUCGCUCCGUUUCCAUACGUAAAGAUAGUGAUGCAUAAUUGGUUCUUCUCCUUCUGCAGAAGCAUGUGUGACUAUGAGUAAUUUCGUAUACAAAAGCAGAUUCGCAUUCGACGCGCCCAGCUUUUUUAUUGCACUGCACCGGAUUUUUCAUCAAUUAUGCCAUCUAUCAAGAUCAAAAUCGAAAAAAAACCACAACAGCUGGUGAAGUUCUUUUUUUUCUGGUGGUGCGCCAUCCUUCUCUCCGUCGUCCUGCUCAUCGUGCUAGACCAUCUCUACCUGCGCUACGUGAAGAAGAAAGGGCACCCCGUGGAGUGGCUCUGUCAAGUGCAGUUGCCGGUCCCUUUAGGAGCGAAAUCGGCGAAUUCGUAUAAAGAUGUUGUGUUUGACUUGCUUACCGACGUGCCGAGUUGGGACGCGGAAACGCAUCCGACGCUGAAGUAUGCAAAGAUUGUCGGGGAGAAGCAGAAGCUCGAACAGGUAAUGUUUUAAUUUUUGCGCCUACUAACAAACCGGAGUACUAUGAUGUUUGUGAUGGCAAAAAUAGAUCGCGGCGACGGGAAUCACGCAUGUGUAGUUGUGGGAAGCUGCAGCAUCUUUCUUGCAAGUGUCGGACUUUUUGCAUUCCCUUUUCCUAGUGUGUUUGAAUUCCCUUACAGGUCGGGCAAGUGAUGCACCUCUGUUCAAAGGACGUGGAGUUGAGUGAGGAAGAACGCCGGGAGUCCAUCAUCACCAGGAAGCUACUCGAGUACGAGAAGGGCACGAAACUUGUGAUGCAAACGCUGAACGACGCGAGUGUGGCGGAGGGCGGGUUUACGACCGUGUCGAAGACGAAAAUUAGUAUUGAGUUGUCGACAGGAACGAGCAGUGCAUCAGGUUCCACAUCCUCAAGCAGCAGCAGCAGCAGCAGUACCGAGCCAUCAGCCACUUCCACGCAAGAAGGAGAGCAGAAUAAAUCGCAGUCGGAAGCCCGACCUCCCUCUGGUGACACAAAUAAACAAGUGGUAACGGCUGUCGUAGCCGGCACAGGGGAGACGGGGUCGAGGCUGAUUUCGUGGUGGUUCCGACUCGCGAGACAGCAGGAGGACGGGAUCUUCGAGUAUUUCGGGGAGUUGAAGCUUUGUGCAGACAAGGUCUUUUCGCAGAAAUAUCGGUGUAAAGCGAGCACGGAAGGAGUCAGUAUGAUAAGACCACCGACGUAG